CGUUCCAAAUAUUCCAUCGAAAUGGUGCCAGGACCAAAGAAAAGAGCCCCGAAACCCUGCCUAGUGUGCGGAAUCGAAAAAGGCACCCUCCACUUCGGAUCCGUCGUCUGCAUGGCCUGCGCCUCGUUUUUCCGCCGCACCGUCUCGUUUCACAUUCGAUUCUUGUGCCGAUACUCCAACAAUUGUCAGAUUUCACAAGAUCUUCGAUUCAUCUGCAGAUCCUGUCGAUUUGACAAGUGCGAACGAGUCGGAAUGAGAAGGGAUUUGGUGCAACAAAAACGGAAUGAGAAUAAGCUUCCGAAAUACGUGCUCGAGUCCAGAAAAGGUGGUGCCGGGGAAGUAGUCCGUGGAUACAUCACAUCAGCGUACACCGCAGAACCAAGACGUCUCAAAGAGCCUGCCACGUCAUCAGCGGCCGAGCCGGAAGAUGGGUUCAGUAUUAUUUUGAACAUGAAGCAUGAUGAUUUGCUGGUGUAUUAUGUGGAGGAAAUUCGGAAUUCUGUGAGAGCCAGGCAGCAGGGUGGCAUUGUUAUGUCCCCCCAAAACUUCCUCGAAACCAAACACCGUACUGACCAAUUUGCUCUGGACAUUUGCACAAUGUGCCCGGGAACCGACUUGCUUGAGAAUCCAGAUUUUGAAGUUCUCUACAAAUACUGCUCCUUUUCAAGUCUCUGGAUGGAUUUAUCUUGGAUUAAUGCUAGCCAGGACGAUUGGAACAAGGUUUUGGUGGAAAAAGAUUACACGGAAAUACCUCUUAUCACCUACAUGAACCAGUUCCAAGCUACCGUAACCGCCCAGUUGGCUCGUCUUCAGCUUGACAUUUUCGAGUACGCCGCGCUCAAAUCCAUGUGCAUUUGGAAACUUGGGCUUCUGGAUUCAACUCUCACGUUGAAAAUUGUAUCGGCUGAGCAUUAUUAUGGAAUCACAUGUGCCUUGAGCAAAUAUUAUCGGGUCACAAAACGCUUGGAACAAUUUGAAAUGGCUACAAGAAUAGCAGAAAUCACAUUGCUAAUUGGUCCGAUCUUUAAUGUCUAUCGAGACAUGCUCGUGCUCUACCACAACCUUCAAAUUGAGGAUCGCUUCAAGGAGGAAUAAUAUGUUUUUUUCUGAUAAAAAAAUCUAAUAAAUUUAUUUGAAA